AUGAACGAUAAACAAUCGGCAGAUUUAAUUAAUAACUUCUUUGCUAAUUUAACGACAAAUUAUCCACAUAUAUCAAACGAGUGGCUAGAAAUGCAAUGCCCGGAUGAUCUACCGUUAAUCAGUGUUGAAGAAAUUGCUAGAGAAUUGAAUGCAAUUAAUGUUAACAAGGCACCUGGGCCAAAUAAUCCACCUUUGAAGAUUCUGAAAAUGUUUUCGAAUGUGUUUGCCGUUCCCCUUGCUGAGAUUUUUAAUGAGUCAUUUCAGACAAAGAAAUUUCCUGAAAAAAUACAAA